AUGGCGAGUACCAAAGCGAAGAAGCGAAAAAUCUCCCAGAAAAUCGAUUCUUCUUCUCCCACCGAAGUCACUAAGAAAACAUCAACAACCCAGAAGUUAGAGCCAACACCUAAUUCAAAAUCCAAAGCCAAAGUCAAAAUCAACAGCUCUUCUCCCUCGGCUUCAACCUCCGAAUACGAGCUAGAAAGAAUCCAACAAAUCCUAGAAUCAUGCUCGAAAGACCAAUUGAUUGAUUUAGCAACCGAUGUUGCCAUUUCCAGCUCUACCAUUUACUCCAAAAUCCGUGAAGUUGCGGAUAAGGAUAUCUCCCACAGGAAACUUUUCGUUCAUGGCCUUUCCUGGGAGACUACAAAUGAAACCCUAGUGUCAGUUUUUGAGAAAUUUGGGGAAAUUGAGAAUAGCAAUGUUGUUAUUGAUAGGGCUACUGGAAAAUCGAAAGGGUAUGGCUUUGUUACUUUUAAAGCCAGAAAAUCUGCUCGGAAAGCAUUGGAGCAGCCCAGAACGGAGAUUAAUAAUCGGGUUGUGGUAUGGCAGUUGGCGUCAUUAGGGCCUGCUGCUUCGAAUUCGGGGCAGCAUCAGGAUGCGACUGGAAUAAGUGGAGGAACUGGAAACUUGAGUGGGAGAAAAAUUUAUGUGAAUAAUGUGGGCAGUGAUGUGAGUGCUGAUAAAUUGAGGAUCUUUUUUUCGAAAUUCGGGGAGCUUGAGAGUGGACCAAUGGGAUUUGAUGUGCAAACUGGAAAGUUUAAAGGGUAUGCUUUGUUUGUGUAUAAGAGUGUAGAGGGAGCAAAGAAAGCCUUGGAGGAACCCUAUAAGGUGUUUGAAGGGAGGCAGUUGCAUUGCCAGAAGGCGACUGAGGGUAAAAAGAAUACUGGCGGUGCUGCUAGUAUUACUACCGCAGUGCAGUCUUUGCCACCAGUUUAUGCUGCCUUGGGUGCUCAGAGUAUGCCUCUUGUAGGUCAGAAUCCUGGGGUUGAUCUGAACUCGGGGAUGUUUAGUGUGAAUCCAUUAUAUAGUAGCUUCUUAGCUAAUCCAAAUGUGGCUGCUUUAAGUCUAGCUAAUAUGAGUUCUUUAGGUAGCUUGGGACAGGGAGGGGCGGGUUUGGGAAUCGCAUCAGGGUAUGGGGCAUAUGGAGGGUUCUUAGGUCAUGGAUUGAGUAGUUUAGGAACCCAGAAUAUGGGUUCGAUGGUGGGGAGUUAUGGUAAUUCUGUAGGCAUGCCAAUGCUGCAAGGUUUGCAGUAUGCAUAUCCUAAAGCAGAGGCAGGGCAAAUGCCAUCAGGUGCAGGAUUUGGUUCUUCAGGGGCUGGUGCUAGGUCAUCAUAUUAAAGGUAUGAUCAACUCUAAAACAUAUCCUGUUUGUUUGAUUUUGAGUGCCAUAUUUUGUUGUUGGUGGUAGUGAUGGUCAAUUGUUUUUGAACUUCUUUGUUUCCUUUCCUUGCUCGUAAUCAAUUUUUCUUGCUGUAAG